AGGUGGUACUUCUGUAUUUGAAGUGAUUGACGUUGAACAUGGCAUCAAUUGUUAUCAUAGCGAGCCUGAUCCUUUUGGCUUGGACCUGUCGUUGCGACGACGCACCCUGUGGACUGAAGAGGUUCAAGCCAUUGCCAAGUGGAAAAGCACGAACCGCAGAAUGGCCUUGGAUGGCUUCAAUCAUGGAGUACAAUCAGCGAAAGUCACCUGACUAUCUCUGUGCCGGUGUUCUGAUCAGCGAGCGACAUGUCCUAACAGCGGCUCACUGCUUUGACCCGAGACCACAGAACCCGCGGCUGUACUCAGUUCAACUCGAGUCAGAGUCCACCGAAUCCGGAGUGGAGUACAACGUGUACGACGUCGAGGUGCACCCAGACUACCUGCCCGGGAGCAGCUACUAUGACCUGGCUGUGAUGACGCUGCGCCGUGACGUGGCCAACGACACCAUGCCCAUUUGUCUGCCCACCCGUACCGACGCCUACGACAACAGGCUGUCUUACGUGCUCGAAUGGUCGCCCAAGUAUUACGGAAAUAAAUCCCCCAUGGCACUGCGCGCUCGUCGGGCCCUCGUCGCAAACAACGGAGACUGCAGCGAGUUUUUCGAGAACGUGAGGGUGCGCGAGCUUCCGAGAGGCAUCAUCGCUGGCCAGAUGUGCACCGACAUCCAGGAAAUCCAAGGCGGUUGUGACCGCUACAUGGGUUCACCGAUGAUCGUGCCGGAUCGAAGUUACCGCUGGUCGGCGGUCGGAGUGGCCACGUUUGGAGAGAAAUGCGACGACCACAAUUUCCCCGGAGUGUACACCAAGGUCACACACUACUUGCCUUGGAUCCAACGCGUAAUGAAAAGCACUUAAUCGUUGCUUUCGAUCAUCACUCAACCAUCCAAAUGACUAAGUAUUCGCACCUUCUGGCCAUUAUUGCUGCAAUAAAGUUGCGGCAACAUUUGAAUCAUCCUGAGGUUGAUGAACUCAAUUGCCGACAAAUAGAUCUCGAUUAUGUGUUUCCCGCUGAAAAGUGGCCGAUGAUGAGGCUGAGGGCGAGUUUAUUUCUCUUUCUGUUGAUGCUGUAGCACGCUGCUUGAACGAUAUCAGAACCGCUGGGUACAAGGACGCAAGAGAUGGUGACACAUCGGGUCGCUGAUGUGUCGUGUCAGUGCCAUGUAACGUCAUGACUUUCUUGUGUUCUCGUCCCAUGCGUUGCUUCACUGUCAAGACUGAUCCAGCCCUGCGGAAUGCCAAGGCGAGCUAUCGCACAAGAAACCACAAGUUCACAAGAACACACCUCGACCACACAUUCUUGGGUACACGUGGUUUUUUGCGAUAAGGCUCGCCUAGACAUGAUCAACCAACAAGCUCACAUUGCUACCCUAUAGCCAUCGUGUUGCGUUUGUCAAU